GAAACAGCCCAUAAGCCAUAUUUGGCUUACCCGAAGGCCGAAGCGAUUUCAUGUACCUUGUGUGUAAGGGCUUUCAGCCUUUCACACAACAACUUCAUGCUUCUACGAACAGCUCAUAAGCCAUAUUUGGCGUAAAUAGGCUAUUACUCAUUAAUAGGCUAGCUAGUAGCUGAACCAGCAGUUUUCCCUUUCAAUCGUUUCGCUCUCAUCGUAUUCGCCUAUUGGGUAUAUUAGGUUUGCGCCGACGGCGGGUUACAGGGAGCGGCACAAAAGUAUACUUGGGGAGUCUGCUACUUGUCGCCAUGCCUACAGUUAGCGUCGGAAGGGAUCGCCUCUUCGAAGCUUUGGGAAGAACUUACACCCAAGAGGAGUUCGAAGAACUAUGCUUUGAUUUUGGGGUCGAGCUCGACGAUGUCACAACAGAAAAGGCCGUUAUCAGAAAAGAAAAACAUUUGGAAGAAGAAGCUGGAGAAGAUGAGGAAGUUAUAUACAAAAUCGAGGUUCCAGCAAACAGAUAUGAUUUGCUUUGUCUUGAAGGGCUUGCACAAGCCCUUCGCAUUUUCAUGGGGCUUGAUGAAAUUCCCAAGUACAUAGUUUCCAACAUUCCAAGUGAAUCCUUGCUUAAAAUGCAUGUAAAACCAGAGACAUCUUUGAUACGUCCCUAUGUCGUUUGUGCUGUUUUAAGAGGUGUAACUUUUGAUGAAGCAAGAUAUAACAGUUUUAUUGACCUUCAAGAUAGGCUCCAUCAGAACAUAUGCCGGCGGAGAACCCUAGUUGCUAUUGGGACUCAUGAUCUGGAUGCAAUAGAAGGUCCCUUCACAUAUGAGGCUUUGCCACCCACAGAUAUAAAUUUUGUGCCAUUGAAGCAGGUCAAAAGUUUCCGAGCAGAUGAACUAAUGGAAUUUUACAAGACAGAUCUGAAAUUGAAGAAAUUCUUGCACAUAAUUGAGAAAUCACCAGUUUUUCCAGUCAUAUAUGAUCGCAACAGGACUGUUUUGUCCUUACCUCCGAUUAUCAAUGGUGCACAUUCAGCAAUUAGUCUGCAGACAAAGAAUGUAUUCAUCGAGUGUACAGCCACUGAUUUAACGAAAGCCAAGAUUGUUUUGAACAUCAUGGUGACAAUGUUUUCAGUGUACUGUGAAAGAAAAUUUCAUGUUGAACCUGUUGAAGUGGUUUACUCUGAUGGGAAAUCCAAUGUUCUUCCUGACCUAUCAGUCUUCAAUUUAGAGGUCCCUUUGUCUUAUAUCACUGGGUCCAUAGGUGUCUCUCUAGACUUGAAUCAGGUUUCUAGUUUGUUGAAUAAGAUGCAGUUGCAAGCUGAAAGGUCUGUAUCAGUAGACGGGCGCAGUAUUGUUGUAUCUGUACCUCCAACUAGAAGUGAUGUUCUUCAUGCUUGUGAUGUGAUGGAGGAUGUUGCCAUUGCUUAUGGGUUUAACAAAAUCCCAAAAAGGAAGCCAGUGUCUUUGAAGCCUGUAGCUCUGAAUCAAAUCAGUGAUCUUAUCAGAUUAGAGAUUGCAAUGAAUGGAUUUACAGAGGUGCUUACAUGGAUAUUAUGCUCAUACAAAGAGAAUUUCUCCAUGUUGAACCGCAAGGAUGACAAAUCAACUGCAGUGAUCAUUGGCAAUCCUCGUUCAACUGAUUUUGAGAUUGUCCGAACAAGUCUCAUGUCGGGCAUAUUGAAAACUGUUGGGCACAACAAAGACCAUCCAAAGCCCAUAAAGAUAUUUGAAGUGGGUGAUAUAUCAGUGUUGGAUGAAACAAAAGAUGUUGGUGCGAAGAAUCAGCGCCAACUUGCAGCUCUAUAUUGUGGUGCUAACUCAGGGUUUGAGUUAAUUCAUUGCCUGGUGGAUAGAAUCAUGGAAGUAGUUGGAACACCUUUUGUUCCAAUUGGUGAUGACAAGGGCUAUUAUAUAAGGCGUUCAAAUGAGCCUGAAUUUCUUCCGGGUAGACAAGCUAGCAUCGUUUUCAGAGGGAAGCACAUAGGGACCUUUGGUAUUGUGCAUCCAGAGGUCUUGAGUAACUUCGAUAUCCCAGAUCCGUGUUCCUUUGUAGAACUUAACAUUGAGUCCUUCUUGUGGAGUUAAUUCCAUCGCUACAAUUGCAACUUGGUUUUGUGGUAUUGGGCUAUAGUUGGUUCAUCUACCUGGUUUUAUGGCUUAUUCAAGGUUAUGGAGGACAUGUGAUUGGAAUUUCGAAGAGAGCUGACUGAAUGUGCCAUUGAUUUUUGCUGAUCAAAAAAAAAAAAGAGUGCCAUUGAUUUUGGGGAUCAACUCUUCGAAUCGGAGGGUCACCUUUGUUCUCUUUUGGGCCUUACUCUGUUAAAUCAUUGAUAUUGUAGGACGGAAUGUGCCAUUGUUUUUUAGGGAUCAACUAUUCAUAUUGAGGGAGGGCCACUUUUGUUCCUUUUUUGGGCUUUACUCUGUUAAAUCAUUGAUAUUGUAUUGAGCCAUGUGUUGUACCACCCCGUUUGAUAACCUUGAGCUGUGAAGCCUGUGAAUAUAAACGCCAUUCUUAUAGUCAAUUUCUUUC